CGCAAACGUGCGCCGCAAACCAAAAGCGGCCUAGCGGAGUGAGGCACUAGCUUUUCACCAGAAGUGGGGCACACGUCGAACGGCAUCCAAGCCCCAACGCAGGGCCAAGAACACAUUUGGACACUGCCAAAGAGCAGCUUUAAGACGUCACGAAGUUGGGGCCCCUUUGUACAUUCCAGGGAGGCGUAGGAACUGCGUGCUCAAGUGAGGGCUGUUAAGGCAUAAAAGGACGCGCCGACGAAGAAACGGCUGCCGCGGGGCGCCCGCAACCAUAAAAAAAGAUGCCCGCAAGGAAGCAGGGCCUCCGCGCGCGCGCCCAGCGCCACGCGGCCGUCGGCGACGACGGCAAGCUGUUGUUCGACCAUCCGGCGUUCAAGGACCUGUUGGAUUCCCACGCGACCUGUUCGUCUCCCCACGUCGAGAAGGAGACCGUGACGGUCGACGACGCGAGAAACGGGUUUGACGUUCCUGUGAUUGUGAGGAAGCCCCACAAAGCUAACCUAGGAUUGAGGAUGCCGAAGCCGUCGUUAUCACCGCGAGACGUGGCCAAUGCGACCUGCCCGAAGUCGCUCAUUCCUAUCUUGGAUGUGAAAUUGCAGACGUCGCAGAAAAGGGCCUCUCUAGACGAAUGGUGCCAGUACUGGGAACGAACGCCGCGCGCGAAAGUGCUCAAUGUCAUUUCGUUGGAGAUUACCGGUACCGUGUUGGGUGCCCAAGUGAAAGCGCCGGACUUCGUCGAUGAAGUGGACUGGAGCGCGACGGCGUGGCCUGCGGAUGCGCCGCCUUCGACGUUCAAGCACGAGGGCUGCGGCUGCGACGGCGGGAAGAGGAUUCCUACGCUUGUCACGGCCCGAAGGAUGCUCGGUUUAGAACCCUUGACCAAGGGUGACGAGGAGGAAGGUGACAAGGUCCAGCACAAGAACAGCGCUCGACUGCUCUCGCCGCCGCGCGUGCGCAAGUACGUGCUCAUGAGCGUCGCCGGGAGCUUCACGGACUUCCACGUGGACUUUGGCGGGACGAGCGUGUGGUACCACGUGCUGCGAGGGGCCAAGCGCAUGUACUUGGCACCUCCAACGGAAAAAAAUUUGGACGCGUUCAAGCGGUGGACGCGCGGGUCGCAGCGCGAGAAGACGUUUGCGGAGUAUCUGACGGGCAAAGUCUGCGCCGUCGACCUGCAUGAAGGUGAUACAUUGAUCAUCCCGUCGGGCUGGAUCCACGCGGUCUACACGCCUGUGGAUUCGAUGGUUUUUGGCGGAAAUUUCUUAACUAUGAGCCAUGUGCCAUCGCAACUCCGAAUAUGUUCUGUUGAGGACUCACUAGAUGUAGCACCAGAGGCUAGAUUUCCGAACAACGGCGCGGUCAUGUGGUACGCUCUACUUAGAGCUGCUGAUGCUUUGAAUGAAAGUCUGGCGUUCGACGCUGACGAUCAUUCCGAGAGAGCCUGGGCCGCGUUCCGACGGGCCCCUUCGACGAUAGCGGAACGAAGCGGCCUCAAGCUGCUCGCUAGUUUCCUGCGGAAGACGCUGCAGUCGUCCAAGUUCGCGGCGGGGGUCACGGCCCCGCCCGACGAAAUUGCGGACGUCUGCACGUACGCGACGCUGGAUGCCGUCGACGCGAUGCUGAAGGGUGAGCGUUGUGUCGACGUGGUCCAGAAGGGCGUCCUCAUCAAAGGUGUGUCGACUCUGGGCUUGUCCGCGGCAACUUUACGAUGCAACGUGCGCGUGCCUCAAAGAUUCCACCCAGAUAAUCGUGCGUCUCUUAUGGAGGCGGGCGGCGCGCGGCGGCGGAAGCCCGGGGAACUGAAAAGGCGCGCGGCCGCCGUCGCGGGACGGUUUGUGGCCGCCUGCGCGGCGGCGGCCCGCGCCGAGGACGCGGAGCCGUGGCAGGAGAGGGCCGAGCGGCGGCGGGUCGAACGAGAGCGCGCGGCCGCCCACGCGGUCGCGCGUGCCGCGGCGGCAGCCCUGGAGAUGCCGCCGCUGCCGCCGCUGAAGAAGCCGCGCUCAGCGUACCUACGCUUGCCGCCCUUCGUCGAGGCGGGCGAAACGGUCGACGUGCCGCUGCCGCCGUCGCUCUUAACAGCGCGGCGGCGGCGGCAAGGCCCGGCGACGACGCGCGUCGUCGUCCCAGCGGACGCGUUGCCUCACCGCGUGAUGAAAGUAUUGGUACCGGCCGAUGACAUGGACGUCGUCGUGGGCGCGCCGGCGCCGGCGCCGCCGCCGACCGUCGAGGAGAUCCGGGCCGCCUACCAGCGGGAGCAGGCGGCGGCGCCGCGACCACCGCCGCGGCCGGCGCCGCCGCCGCGCGAAAAGUCCGCGCGGCAGCAGGCGCGGAAGCGGGCGCGGGCGGUGACGCAGGAUUCAUGA